GUGAUGGAGGGAGAUUCUAUCACUCUAAACACUGAUGUUACUGAAAUACAUGAAGACGAUGACAUACUGUGGAAAUUUGGAGCUGAAAACUCUCUGAUAGCUCAAAUCAAGAGAGAGAACCAAAUCUUCCCUGAUGGGAGAUUCAGAGACAGACUGAAGCUGGAUCAUCAGACUGGAUCUCUGAACAUCACAAACAUCACAACUAAACAUGCUGGACUCUAUGAAGUAAAGAUUACUGGAGCAAGACGGUCAACAAAAACAUUCAGUCUUUCUGUCUAUGCCCAUCUGCCCGUGCCUAACAUUACCAGAGAUUCUUCACAAUCAUCAUCAUCAUCAUAUUGUUCAUUGGUGUGUUCAGUGGUGAAUGCGGGUCAUGUGACUCUCUCCUGGUACAAAGGAAACAGUUUAUUGUCCAGCAUCAGUGUGUCUGAUCUCAGCAUCAGUCUCUCUCUACCUCUGGAGGUGGAAUAUCAGGAGAAAAACACCUACAGCUGUGUGCUCAACAAUUCAUUCACUAACCAGACUCAAUAUCUCAACAACACUCAACUUUGUCACACUUAUGAAGACUGUGUCCGUGGUUGUGAUUCUGCUGAAGCUGUGAUCCGAUUGGUCGUCACUGCUCUGGUGGGUGUGGCUGCUGCUGUUGUUCUGGUUUAUGACAUCAGAUCCAGAAGAGCUGAACAAGAUUGA